AAGUUUGCAUUACUUUAACGUUUCAGUAGUCGUAAUACAUUUACCAGCAGUCAAGGAAUAUAUAAAAUAACACAUUAUAACAGAAUGCCUCAACAGAGCUUCGCUGAUGAUGUAUGUCAGUUCAACUAUACCAAAGAGCGCCUGUGGGAGCGCAGCUACCUCUUGGUAAAAUGUGCGGAGCUGCAUUUGGAGGAGGAAUACCGUCUGUAUCAGGUACGACUAUGGAAUAGUUUUUUAGGCGUGUUCUGCCUUCUGCAUACCCUCAUUACCAUCUUGCACUGCACAAUGCUGCUCUUAACUUGCCCGCAUACCCACUUAAUAUUAAUUGAUGUGGGUAUAUAUAUAUUUUCUGCAUGUUUUGUUUUAACUGUAUUGAGCGUCAAUUUCUGUGAGAAGUUUUCUAUGCGACACUCGUGGAUUACUUAUGUGAGCUCCGUGAUUGCAGCAUUCGUAUUGGUAUCAGCUGAUAUCUUUCAGGGCACAUAUCAUUACUACGUACACGAUUGGGCAUUGGAUACAUUUUAUGACACUUAUAUUAUUUAUAUGAUAUACAUGUUCAUGCCGAUACCCGUUAUGUCGGGUGCCCUGCUGCUGGGAGUCACAGUGUCCGUUGUGUACAUAACCUACUUUGCGGUCUAUAUUGCCACGGAGUACUAUUUCGAGAUUUUCAGUGCCUACGACUAUGGCAGGUUUAUUGUAGAUAUAUUCCACCACGUGUGCUUCAACCUUCUUGGUAUGUUCUUUCGCAUAAUGAAUGAUAUUGUUGUGCGCUCGUCCUUCCUGGACCGGCAUCAGUAUAUAAUGGAGAAGAUCUGGCUACGCAAUGCGCGUCGUCAGGAAAAGUUCGUGCUCCAUAGUAUUAUCCCGCCACAGAUAGCCAAGCCAAUCCAAGACGAUAUACAAAAUAGACUUGCCAGAAAGGGGCGAGGACUGGCUGCCAUUCGCUCCCCGGGCGUCAUGGAGCAUAUCAUGGCCAUUCAGAUCCAUCCUGAGGUCAGUAUCUUGUAUGCAGAUGUGGUUAACUAUACACAACUGACGACAACACUGGAUGUGGAGACGCUUGUGAGGCUGCUGCAUGGUCUCUUUGGAAGGUUCGAUAUGGCCGCCACCCACUUUGAGGUUCAGCGAAUCAAGUUCUUAGGGGACUGCUACUACUGUGUGGCUGGUCUAAUGCGCCCGGAUCCCGACCAUGCCAAGUGCUGUGUGGAUCUAGGUCUGUCCAUGAUCUCACACAUUCAACAAGUGCGAAGGGAACAUGACGUGGACAUCGAUAUGCGCAUUGGAGUUCAUUCUGGAAGUGUUAUUGCAGGAGUCAUCGGCGAAGCUAAGCUUCAGUACGAUGUAUGGGGAAUCGACGUAACCAUUGCCAAUCAUUUAGAAUCCACUGGCUCUGCGGGAUAUGUUCAUAUUAGUGCCAGUACGUUGAACGAACUAGAUCCUGGCGAAUAUACGAUAACUCCUGGCACCGAUGCAGCUUUGGAGGAUCCCGUUCUAAGCAAAAACAACAUCAGCACGUUUCUAAUUUCUGCUCAGCCUUCUCGCCCUUCUUUCAGACGUUCUACAGAAAGGUUUGAUUCACAAUCUCACAUCGAUCUACGCGCCAGACCAGAUUUGUACAGUACUAAAGACGAUGUGAUUAACGAAGAAUUGCGUCAGGAGUUUCGAAAGAUGCCAGUCAGUAGAUUCAAACCUGGAAAAAUCUUCUCCUGGAGAAGACGAGACGAGCCUAAUGACCCUCUGUCAUCCGAACUCACCAAAUUCUGUAUGGUCUUUCGGGACUCCCACCUUGAGUGCAAAUACUUGCAUUCGCCAGACUAUAUGUUCAAGCACAGCAUGUUGCUUGCAUGGAGCAUUGGAUGCAGCCUGGCCUACAUGCAGCUGAUGACUCUACACCCGGACCUACUCUUUAUCGCCAUAGUGUUGGAUGUAGUUGUAUUAACUUGUCUGACCAUCUUGCUUGUCAUCGCUUGGUACAAAAAAAUAUGCUGGCUUAUAUUUGGCAAGAAGGAGGAGAUCCAACACCGAUUCAGCCAGCUGAGCUGCUGGAUAUUUUGUACCUGUGAGAAGAUACAAGCAAGCCUCAGCCUCCGCAUUUGCAUAUAUCUCUUCAUCAUUUGUGCGUAUAAUUCCGUGGUCAGCAUCAUACUGAUGGGAUGUGAUCGCAAUGAGUUCGAAUUGAUGAGCAUCGAGAGUAAACUUUAUCACUAUGAUGCUAAUGUGACUAUGUGCUUUAAUCCCUGGGUAAUCACGAAUGUGGUGGCUCUUAUCAUUGCAAUGAGCUUUACGUUCACUAGUAUUCCGUUCGUCUUGAAGAUAAUUGUGAGCUUUUUGAUGACAAUCGCGUAUCUGAUCGUUAUAUUUUUCCAGUUCCAGUUCAUUUUCCAUCACAGUGCUACCACAAAUCCUUUUUUUGCGGCAGAAUAUGCACAUAGUUUGCUCAUAAUCAUCACCUUUUUUACCUUGUAUUUCAAGGAGCGACACGCAGAGUUCACAAACAAAGUCAACUUCAAUUGGCGCGUCGAGUUGAGAAAAAAGCAGCGUGAUGCCCAUAUAACUAACCACUCAAUAAUAAUUCUCCUGAAUAAUAUACUUCCUGCUCAUGUUGUCAACGUUUACCUUACAUCUCUGGCCAACCAUGAGCUCUACUAUGAGGAAUACAAAAUAGUAUCCGUUAUGUUUGCCACUUUAAGAAAUUUCGAAAUGAGCCUGAGAAACUUGCGCCUACUAAACGAGAUCAUCACGGAGUUUGAUAGAUUGUUGCUCCACUACAAAGAUAAUUACUUGGUGGAGAAGAUCAAAAUUGUUGGCUGCACAUAUAUGGCAGCAUGUGGAUUGGAUGUGAACAUUGCAGAUCGCAUUAGCAAAGAAUUAACGAAACGAGAUUCCCCCAUUCGAGACUCACUAACGGAAGAAGUGGAGCAGGCUCUGAUGAUUCGCAGAGCCUCCUCUUUACUAUCAGAACGAAGUUUAAAGGAAGAUCUGCAUGAAGAGGUCGUCUUUGUGAUGACCACGUUUGCCUUGGACCUAAUGCGAACUCUUUGGAUGCUCAACAAAGCCUAUGAAACGGUAUCUUAUGAUAAGACCAUUAUUAGCCCAGAUAUGUCCAUUGGUAUCUCCAGUGGUGAGGUUAUGGCCGGAGUUGUUGGCGCCUCUCAACCCCAUUAUGACAUCUGGGGGAACCCCGUUAACAUGGCGUCCCGUAUGGACUCCACCGGCAUGAUCGGACACAUCCAAGUGACCCAGGAAACAGCCAUCCUUUUGCGUGAAUUUGGCAUUAUGUGCCGCUAUCGUGGCAUGACCUAUGUGAAAGGCCCAGGAAAAAUUCCCACAUACUUCGUAGCUAUUGAUAACAAUUACGACUUCAUCACCAUCAAUGCUAAGCGAACACCAAGACGUCAAUAUCGUGACAGGGAUGCUUCUAUAUCUGACAACGAAUCGAUAGCUGGCCUGUUUUUUGGAUUUGAUGACGCAGAUAGUAAUAAUGAGAAAUAAGUAUUUUAAUGUAAAUUAUUUAAUUAACCAUUAAAGACGCAAUGA